AUGGUUGUUCAAGUAAAAGAUAUACUUGAUACUGCUGAUUUAUUGGUUAGAGAAUUCAAAGAUCUUCAAGAUGUUGAGGAAUUAGAGAGAUCAACUAAAACAACAAGUUAUUACGAUGUAAUUGAAAGAUUAGUAUUAGAAAUAGAUCAAUUGUUAGAGACAUCAAAUCAAAGUGAUUCUGAUGAUGUCGUAUCACUAGUAUUGAAACAACAAGAUGGCACAAUGAAAGAAUUGGAUGGUUUAGAUUAUAAAAAUAUCUAUCAUGCAUUGAUGCAAUGUAUACAUUCACUAGAUAAACAUACAAGUACCAAUUAUUUAAUCUAUGGUGGUGCAAAAGCAAUCAUUAGAGUCAUCUAUAUUAUACUAAGUAUUGAUUAUACUUUAAUUCAACGAGGUGAUGUUAAAUUAUUACGUUCAAUUCAAAAAGAUAUUUUUGGUAUCUUUUCAUCUGAAAAAGAAGAAUUUAAUAAACAAUUAGAAAUGGUUGGAAUACCAAAAGAACAAUCUGAAGAAUAUCCAUCUAUUCUUGGUUCAUACUUUGAUGAAAUUAAAGAGAUUCAAUCAAAUAUUCGUGAUGGUCGAUAUCUGUUAUUGACAAACAAUGCAUUGUUUGAUAUGGUGUCAUUGGAUCUUAGUGAUUCUUUUCAUGGUGGUCAAUUAUUACUUUCAGCUCUUGACAAGGAUACAAUGGCCAACCUAUUCCAUUUGUAUUGGUCAAGUGAUUUGGUGCCGUUAAAGUCAGGAUCACCGGCAGUAUACAAUAAUUUGACAGUCGAUCAAUAUGAGAAUAGUAUUAAAUUCUCUGCAUCUGGUAUCUUGUCAGCUGCAAUAUUCUAUUCGACAUCGGAAUUUCCUGAAUUGUUGGACCCGAUCAAUGAAAUCAUUGAAGCGACAAACAAGGAUAUUUGGCAGGUCCUGUUAAAUGAUUUGUUGGCAUGUCAAAAAAGGGGUCUAUUAACCAAUAUAUUCACAAUGUUGAAUAAUAUAGCACUCACCGAAGAAGCCACUCACCCAUUAUUGACACGACUCAACCAAUUUAUCGAUUCUAGACCAUCGAUUCAACAUUACAUGUCUGACAUUGUUCAACUCAUUGUCGCCGUCAACCCACAGGUAACCGACCACACACUACCCAUGUUUAUCCAGAUUGUCAACAAAUUCUUUGUGGCCUUUUUAAAGUUGGACAGUUCAAACGCCAAAGGUUUACAAGAUAGUUUUGACUCGACGUGCUAUGCGCUACACAAACUAUUUGACCGCGAAGAAAUAUCUAGACAGGCGUGUCAGCUCACAGGCGUGUUUGAUAUGCUCACUGAAAAGCUAAUGACCCCUAACCCUACCAGUACAACCACCAGUACAACUACCAGUACAACCACCAUCCACCAACAAUUGUACAUUCUCUUUGCAUUGACAUCGUUAUGGAAAAAGGAUCCACUCUAUUGUUUUGCACAACAAACAUUUAAAACAUUCCACAUUGCAAUGAUACAAAGCAACACGAUACAUGAUAUGGAAUUACUGAAUAGAUAUCUAAACUUGUUGGUUUGUGGUUACACUACCAUCAAUGAUAUUGCCAACUAUCUCGCUCAGAAUGGGUACCUCUUAGCAAUACUCAAUUGCUUUUUACAAGUAUUCUCAUCAGAUGAAAAGCUUCGUGCCACCAAUGUCAUUCUUUUGAGAUUGUUUGUAAAUGCAAUCUCUACAUUGACCCAACAAAACUAUAUCUAUGCAAUUGACAAUGGCCUCUUGUCACUGCUAAUGCAAAUUGCCAAAUUCAACCUAAAGGACGCACCAGCAAAGAACGAGGAUUUCAAAGUCGAGUGGGCAAUGAUCAUAGCAAACAUCGCCGUACAAAGAAGUCAACUUGAAAGAUUCAAAACAUAUAUCCAUCUUCAUGCCCUUGAAUCUUAUCCAAUACUUCAUGAAUAUAGAGCUUAUCAUCUAAUUCAUCAAAUGGAAGAUUUUGUUGAUUUCCAAAUUAAUUAA